AUGGCUUCACCACGCUUCGACGGAUCGCCUGAACAGGCAGCGCUCGAUGUACACAGGCUCGAGUCAGACUGCGGCGAUUACGAAAGCGUGGUGAUGGUGAAGCUCACCGACGAGAUUGUUGCGGCCCUUAUGCAAGCUCAGCGAAAAGGACUUCAGAUUCGGGUUCACAUCGAAGAGCAGGGAGGUAAAUGGGAACUCGGUGAUCCAGCUAACGGAGGACGAGUUUUCCGUUAUCAACAGCAAGCCCUGCCUGGUCCUCCCACUGAUGCUGUCGUCCAUGAUCCACGGACCGGAACACAUCGUGCCGUCGCUGCUUUCCGAAGCAAAUAUCAGCGACUGAUAAAUCGUUUCGCGGAUACGAGGGAGCGUGCACAGAAACUCAUCGAAGAGGAGAAAAGUCGUGGCACAAAAGACGUUACAAAGCAUCGACAAAAGGGUAAUCUUCUUAAAACGGGUACGCCACGUCUCGGCUCAGCCUCCUCAUCACAAAAUGUCUCACCUCUACUGACACGAACACUCGACAAUUCGUCCUCUCGUAGCAGUCCCAACAAGGUUAGUAAUAGCUCUUCGGGAACAGCUCGAGCGACGCCGACGCAACAUCUGAAUAGUGAGUUGCGGAAGAAGAAGCUGCGUCAACGGAUAAUUCAGCUAGUCGUGUUGGGGAAAUUUUCUAGUGCCGAUCUAGUCCUGCGCCAAUUGCGUAAAGAUGGAUUGAAUGAGGAAGCGGGUAUUGAGCGUCGUGUCGAGGACAUCGUACGCGAAGUGUCUGAACCGUCUGGUAGCGGUUCGACAAAAAUCACUCUUAAACCAUCGCUUUAUGGUGAGGUGGAUACUCGAUGGUUAUGGUAUAAUCAAGAAGAGAAAGCCUAUGUUCGUCGUGUCACCCAAGGUUUGUCCUCAUCCCAGACGAAAAGCAGUACAUUUGCACCAAUGCGAAAAAGUGGGAUGGAACGGAUGCAGGCUCCAGGUCAUUCGUCAUCGAAUUCUGUUUCGUCGGGUCAGACAGUCAGUCCUGAAGCCAUUCCAACACCACCGAGUUCGCGACCGGCCUCGGCUGUAUCAGCUCCUAUUCGCAAGACACCACCUCCGAAAAACCCGAAUGUCACGAUGUUGAAUGGGAGCCGGGAGCAAACGCCAACCGUCCAUCGGAGCCCUCAUCAACCUGAAGUGCCGUCGGCAAACAAGCGCAAGGCUCAUGUUCCGGCGACGACGCAGCAGCGUCCAAGCGAUGGAAAACGGCCGCGACAAGAGAGUGCUAGUCCACCAGAAGACCCAACUAACCAUCCGCAACAUAAUCAGAAGUCGGCAGCUCGCUCGGGCGGUAGUACGGCAUCGUCUCGUCUUAGCUCACCCUGUAGUUUAUCAUCACCUACUCAACCUUCCUGUGAUUGGGAUAAGAAUUAUGGCGAGAUUAAAAAUGUACAAGAGGCCGAAAAAUACUUUGCUCUCUUCCAACAAGAGUAUCCGGAGUAUUUGGAGUGUUAUAGGACCCUAAAUGAGGUUGCAAAGGAGUUCCGUCAACUCGAAAUGCAGCUGAAGAAUGCUGUUGAGAAUCGUAAGGAUACCACGAGGGUUGAGCAAACUAUACAAAUGCGUUUCGCUCACUUCGAUAAGGAUCCUGAAUUUAUAAAGGUUGGUUGA